GACAGACAGACAGACAGACAGACAGACAGACAGACAGACAGACAGACAGACAGACAGACAGACAGACAGACAGACAGACAGACAGACAGACAGACAGACAGACAGAAAAUCCUUACAUGACUUCUAUGCCAAAGAGAGCCAAAGGCUUUAAACUGUACUGUGGUCACAUUGGAUUUAACUGUAGCAGCAAGGACAGGCCAGCCCAGGACAGACCAGCCCAGGACAGGCCAGCCCAGGACAGACCAGCCCAGGACAGGACACACCAGUGUUGUUGAGAUGGUAAUCACUGCCUUUCCCUGAGGUGUGUUGUUGCCUUGGAGACACCAAGAUGUGAGGCAAUCCCAGGAGAAGAAUCGUUGUGAAAACGAAGUGGAAAGUGAUCAGUGCGCUCCAACACCACUCAGUACCAACAGCAGGGGGAUAGAACAGACAGUUCUCAGAGAGAGGUGAACAGAGAUUAUUUCAUAGCCAAUCACCCUUCAGAGGAAGAGGAAGUGACGUCACUUCCUGUUAAAGAGGAAGAGGACUCCAAGGCAGACAUGUUGUCCUCCACGCUGGAGUCAGCUCUCGCCCCUCACUGGAGUGUCCGAAUACGCAGGAACAAGCAGGGUGUCGCCUGCACCGACAUUGGUGUGGUUGGCAAGGCAACCAGCGAGCCCGGACAGGAACCCCAAGACAGUGGCCUGGAAGUGGGCGAGGGGGGAACAUUUUUGAAGCUGCACGACCCUCUUGGGAUUGACUCUGUAGUACAACAACAACAACAACAGUUUUUGGAGACCAAGAACCAACGUGUUGGGGAGAGGGGGUUGACCCUCGGAUCUCAAGCCCAUGAGAGGGCUUCAACCCUGGCUAGCAGCAGAAGCACAGUGGGGGGCUGGUUUGAGGGGAGUACCCCCAGCCACAAACUAGACCACCCAACAAUGGCCCCAGUUUCUAAUUCUGUCUCUCUGGAUGUGAGUUGGGGGAGGCUGAACAACAGAGGGGUAGAGGGUGGAAUUGACUUCCCUGAUACUCCCACUUCUCCCUUCUCUCCAAACCUGAAUGUACACAGGGGAGUGUCACAGGCUGGUCGUCAAGGAGACCAGCCGUCACUGCUGAGUUCCAAACUAACAACCAGUAGCCACCUUCUCUCCCUGAGGAGGCUCAACACUAUUGCUAUCUCCACCCACACAGAGACCAACGCUCCCUCUAUCUCCUCUCCAACCAAUCACAGGGAUGGAGAGACUUCAGGUCCACAUUUCUCUCCAACUGUAAACGAUGACAGAGCAUCAAAGACAAUUAGGCCACACCUCUCCUUAACCUCAUCCAAUGACGGAGACAGAGAGAGGUCCAAGUCCCUCCCCUAUUCAGCUUCCCCCACUUACAGGACAACAGAGAGGUCAAGGCCCCUCCCCUUACCAACUUCCAAACACAGAGAAGCAGACACACACAGAACACACCUAUUUUCAACCUCGCCCAAUUACCAAAACACAGAGGGCACACCCCGCACCAACCUUCCCCAGACUUCCAGGGUUUAUCCCAACAAAACCUUCCCCAGUAAGCAGACUCUUUUGUUUAGUGGUGUAGUGAGACGUCCGCCCUUAGAGAGAUCAGGUGCAACCACCGUCCAUCUGUCUUCCUCUCCACCAUCCCAAUAUGGCCACCUGGAAUCUCUAAGGAGUCAGCCUCUUCGCAGAGGAACCACACUGAGGUCUACUAGCCGGAGACAAUACACCAGUCUAGAGGACAGUGGGUCUAAUCCCAGUUCCCCCCUCCUCAGUCCCACUACCACCACCACUAUCAACCACAACAACAACAACCACACAUCCAGCCUCUCAAGCACUUCUAGCAACAAUAACACAGGCCCCUGCAGCACCAAUGAUAUCACAGGUGUUAAUCCCCAAAGCAGCAUCAAUAAAUCCAAUAACACAGGCCUCUGUAGCACCAAUGAUAUCACAGGUGUUAAUCCCCAAAGCAGCAUCAAUAACUCCAAUAACACAGGCCCCUGCAGCACCAAUGAUAGCACAGGUGUUAAUCCCGAAAGCAGCAUCAAUAACUCCAAUAACACAGGCCCCUGCAGCACCAAUGAUAUCACAGGUGUUAAUCCCCAAAGCAGCAUCAAUAACUCCAAUAGCACAGUGCAAAACACCCACACCGCCCCAUCCCAACUGCAGUCCCCUAAAACCGCCUACACCCCUACCACAACCCCCCAACCACGAAUACUUAAAACCAGCUACGUCCCCAGUAACCCUAGCCCUUACACCCAACCGUUGUCCCCAGCCAGCUACACCCCCAUAUCCCUGAGUAUGACCACCACCCAGGACCCCUCUACUCCUCCCUUCUCCCCACUCAGCGCACCACCUCAUGGGGAGAGGACGUUCACAGGCAGCCUGGCCUGCUCCCCUAAGAAACACCGGUACCCGGUGGAAGAGAGGGUAACAUCACAUAGAGCAUGGCAGGAGUCUCUGAAGCCACAACACUCUGAGGAAACCAGUAGGAGGCUGUCACAGUCUCAUUCACGUCAGAGCCCAGCUGACCUGACCAGCUCUACGGCCCCAACCAGACCCCUCCGUAGUGUAGGGUGUCCUGCCAUCUUCACCUCCCUGAGAUUGGGGAGCCCCACCUGGGCUAUGUCACUUGUGUCUCCCCAAACCCCCAGGACCACCAAACUACAGGUCUGGAGGGGAGACUCAAUGCAUCAUUUAUCCAUAAUGCCUGAUACAACGGUGAAGGAGGGAGGGCGAACUCUCUCAGAGCGUGUUAGCAAACACACUUCACGGUUCACAUUCGACCACACAGGAACAGACUCGACCGCACUAGGACCACAGAGGAAGACAUCUGCCCCUCUCUCCCUUCCUGAUUUUGGGAGCUUUUACAAGCCUUGGUUUAGCUCCCUGCCCUACUCCACUCUCAAGUCUUCACGAACAACCCUGGGUGAGUUCACACACACAACCUCACCACAAACCCCUCUCUCACCCUCUACCUCACCCCAAACCCCUCUUUCACACUCUACCUCACCCCAACGCUACCCCUACAGCCAUCGCAGGACUGGGUCACGGGACAGUUCAAAGGUUGUUGCCUUGGAAACGGAUAGUGUCAUCAACAACUCCAAACAGACCAGUGAAGACGAUGUUGAGACACUUGUAUACCGGAUUUCUGAGAUCGAUUCCUCCACCAUAUUGGACAGUAUUAGACUUGCACAACCCUGUUUUCCUCAACACACUCCAGACACACGAGUCGUCACAGAUAUCAAGUCAAAUGAGCUCUCCCGUCUCACCUCUGACCUCUCACAAUCGUCACAACACAGCCAGGUGAUAGGAAGUCCCAGCUGUCAAUCAUACCAAAGCGCCAAUGACAGUGGAGCAUUAGACACUGAGAAGGUUGUGUGUAAAAUGGAAAGUUUCCUUAAGUGUGCAGUGGUCCCAUUACAACCUCAGAGCCCAACGAAAGAGGCAGAGAAGGGGCAGAAGGGAAGGAACAAAAUGGACCUGGUGCUGAGUCGACACCAGCCGACCUUCAGAGUCAACCAUCUGGAUGACGAGAGGAGGGAGAGGACACCCCAGCCUCCCUCUGUCAGCAGAGCAAGUGACAUUAGUGAUGGCACUGACUGUAGCGAAUCUAGCAAUCAAGCAGAGGAGGACAGAAAGGACAGAUGGAGGGAGAAUGAUGGCUUUAUCAAACCUUCAACCUCUUUCUGGGCUGGCAGUGAGCGCACAUCAGAUAUGACUAAGGAAAAUGUUAGAUGUGAACACUCACAAGGUUUAAAAGACAACAAAGAGGCCAGAAACAGAGACCAGCCUCAUGAUAUGGACCUUCCUCAAUUUGAGGCUUACAACGACAAAAGCUUCACUCUACCCAGAAACCAACCUUCUAGUCCAGAGAUCAGCCCAACCAGGCGACAGUUUGAAGCUUACCAAGAGGAGAGGAUCAGUAGAGCCAAAAAGCAACCUCCUCAGAGAGACUUCAGCCCCGAUAGGCAUCAACCCUGGGGCCCCAGCCGCUCUGCAAGCCUCCCUGCCUACAGAUCCUCCUCAGGCAGCCCCAGGAACACUUUCUCCGUCUUCCACUUCAGCCAUGAGGACUCCAAGAACCACCAUGUCUUCCAUUUCAACCACGAGGAUUCCAAGAACCACAAUGUCUUCCAUUUCAAUCACGAGGAUUCCAAGAACCACAAUGUCUUCCAUUUCAACCACGAGGAUUCCAAGAACCACAAUGUCUUCCAUUUCAACCACGAGGAUUCCAAGAACCACAAUGUGUUACUCAGCCCCAGGCUUCCUCAUACGAAAAAGACUACCUUUCUCUGUGAGCCAGGGGAAGGAGGGUUUGGUUCCAGGGUGGGCCAGCGUGGCAGUGAGGGACGUAUGGCCUCCUUCUCCUCCUGUGCUGAUCUCAAAUACGGUCUGGAGGCUGGACGUUCCUUCUCUGUGAGCUCCGUGCUCUCCAGUCGACCUUCUGGUCCUGGACGCAUCUCCACCAGCCCCAGGAUCAGCAGUGUCAGUUACCUCACUGACCCCGCUCUGUCCUUUGGAGAAGAAGUCAUGACUUGGGAUGACCUCCAGGUCAAAGGUGAUUGGAUAAUACCAAUGUGGGACACACACACAACCACUAGCCACAAAACCACUGGUGACAGCCAAGCUGUAAAAUCCACAGGUGACAGCCAAGCUGUAAAUAACUGGUCCUUCAUUCGUGACCAGACCUCCAAAAAUGAGUGUAAAACAAUCACAGCUAACUUUACAGAUCCACGCAAGUCUAGAUCCAAAUCCUUACCCAGAAAUGUAUCCUGGGGUUCAGAGGUCACUUGCCAAUCUCCGACCACCACCGGCUGCAUGUGGAAUCCUGGCAGCCUGGAGACCGCUCACUUCCUCUGGGAUACAGAGCGUCCUGCAACCACCCCUCCGUCCCAUCUCUGGUCCCCAGCCUCCAGACGCAUAUCUCGCCCCACCAGCUCCACCUCCCCCACAGACCGCAGGGUGUCACAGGACAGUCUGUCCCCCAGGGGGCGCUUGCCCUCCAGGGGCUACGUCUCCAACCUGGCUGCCUUCGAGGAGUCCGACUCAGACUCAGCCUUUGACAUGGACUCUGACACAACCACAGACGAUGAAUACUGCCUGCCAGGUGACAGCGGCGAGAAGGAAACAGAACUGUGAGAGGAGACAAUAUAUAGUCUAAAGUGGGUCUGUCUGUCUCAUUUUGGUUUCCUCAUAUAGAAAGGAAACCUAUUAAGCUACCAUCUGAUUCAGAGGGGUUGGGUUAAAUGCGGAAGACACAUUUGGUUUGAAUGCGUUCAGUUGUGCAACUGACCAGGUAUCCCCUUUCCUUCCUUUUUCCUAUUUAUGACUAGUAAAAACAGACUUCAUUUGGUGUCCAUGACAGUAAAUAAGACUGCACUGUCAGAGUGAACAUGAUAUCAUAUCACAGGUUAAAUGUUAUGGUGCUCAUGUCAUCCUGGUACUCAAAGAACAGCUUAUCACAUGAGCUCACCACAUCCAAGACCAUGGCUCUUUGUUUGUUGAUGUCACAGGCUGCUCCGAUAUUGGCCUCUCACUUGACUUUCUCAUGUGCUGAUAUUUGUUAUAUGAUCGGUGGGAAGUGUACACUGAGUGUACAAAACAUUAAGAACACCUUCCUAAUAUUGAGUUUACCUCCCUUUUUUUCCUCACCUGGAAAGAGCAGGUGGAAAGAGCAGGUGUUCAUAAUGUUUUGUACACUCAGUGUACUUUCUGGGUUGACUGUACUACUUUAUCAGCUACACAAAAUGAGUUAACAAUGGGCUCUGUAAAGCUAUUCUAUCCUGUUCUGAUCAGGGCCUGUAUUCACAAAGCAUCCCGAAGUAGGAGUGCUGAUCUAGGAUCAGGUCCCUCCCGGUACAUAUGAUUGUAUUUAUUGUGAUCUGAAAGCCACAACUGAUCCUAGAUCAACACUCCUACACAGACUCCUUGUGAAUACAGGCCCUGUUGUGGUUGAGCCCUGCACCUGAUGAGAGGUAUAUCUACCAUGAUGAGAGGUAUAUCUACCAUGAUGAGAGGUAUAUCUACCAUGAUGAGAGGUAUAUCUACCAUGAUGAGAGGUAUAUCUACCAUGAUGAGAGGUAUAUAUACCAUGAUGAGAGGUAUAUCUACCAUGAUGAGAGGUAUAUCUACCACGAUGAGAGGUAUAUCUACCACGAUGAGAGUGCGUGUCAUCUACAUUUAAUUGCUGCUCAUCAACAGGCUUUUAGAUAACAUCCUAUAUGAUAUACAGGGCAAAUAUCUUUGAGCGUUUUUGUUGUAACGGGAAUGAUUGUUUGCGGGUUUUUUUUGGUUAUCCUUGAAGGCUUUUCGUGAAAUGCAUAUGUAUGCAUUAUAAACAGAUCAUUAUUGUUCAACUUUUGUGAAUGACUUUUUAUAUAUGGUUAGCGGCGAUGGAAAUUAAUAACUCUACCUACAUGUACAUAUUACCUCAAUUACCUCGACACCGGUGCCCCCACACAUUGACUCUGUACCAG